AUGACACCAGACACUGGACUACCUGCACUGACACCAGACACUGGACCACCUGCACUGACACCAGACACUGGACCACCUGCAAUGACACCAGACACUGGACCACCUGCACUGACACCAGACACUGGACCACCUGCACUGACACCAGACACUGGACCACCUACACUUAUAGCAAAAAUUGGACCAUCUGCAAUUACAUCAGACAACAAACUUACUGCCUGUAACCAGAGAAUGAAAGUCUUCCCCACACCUGCUCCACAGAUGCACAUCUGCCUUCCUAGUAAGGAGUUUCUUUAUUAUUCUAAUCUUUGCUCUGCUGGUAGUGUCAAGCAAAUAAUGAAAUUAUGA